UGCUUGCAACUUUUAGGAGUGGAAGCCAAACCCAGAGCAGGAAGGGGGAAUCUUGCAAUGCCGGGAGAGCUUCCUGUUCCUCUUUAGGGCCAGGCUGCACAGAGGCAAGAAAGAGCAGCACCCAAGGAUGGGCAGCAAGGAAAGGGACCGUGCCAAUGCAGUAGGGCCAGCAGUGCCUGGCUUUGGCCCACAACUGGGCUGCUCCGAGGGCCACGCCGCCCUCCUGCAACUGCAAGAUGUGGAGCUGCGGCUCUUGGAAGGGCUGCGCAAGUGGAUGGGGCAGCGGGCCAAAAGCGACCGGGAGUACGCGGCCCUCCUGCACCAGAUGCACAGCCUGGCCGGGAAGCAGGAGAGCAGUGGGGCGGCGCUGAGCAGCAGCCAAGUCAGCCAGUGCUGGUGGUCGCUGGUGACCCAGACGGAGGCCCUGAGCCAGAUCCUGCAGCGCCACGCGGGGUCCGUGCUCUUGGGGCCCCUCCACCGCCUGGGCCUCCUCAUCCAGAACAAGCAGCAGCUCCGCCGGACCUACAGCGAACAGUGGCAGCAGAUGAGCCAGGAUUUCAACCGGACCACACAGCAGGAGCCCGAGCGCCUGAGGGCCCAAUAUCGCAGCCAGGUCCGGGAGAGCGCCCAGGCCAGGCGCAAGUACCAGGAGGCCAGCAAAGAGAAGGACCGRGAGAAGGCCAAGGACAGAUACGUCCGGAGCCUCUGGAAGCUCUACUCCCUCCACAACCAGUARGUUUUGGCGCUGAAGGCGGCGGAGGUGCAGCACGAGACACACUACCAGCAGACCCUGCCGGGGGCGCUCCAGUCCUUGCACGCCUUGCACCAGGAGAUGGUCCACCUCACGAAGGUCACCUUGCAGGAAUAUGCUAGCAUCACCAGCCUGGUGCAGGAGGAGAUGGUGACGGUGCACCAGGCCAUGGUCAGAGCCAUCGACCGCAUCCAGCCAGCCACCGAGUACCAAGGGUUCCUCCCUUCUUGCAAGUGCGGGAGUGAAUUCCCCGUCACGGUCAGCUUUGACGAGAGCCUGUUGGAGGAGGCUGAGAUGGAGGGCCUGGAAGCUGGGGAGCUGCAGCUGAAUGAACUCACGGUGGAGAGCAUGCAGCACAGCCUAACUUCCCUGGAAGAAGAGCUGGCCUCUGCCGCAGACAACACCCAUGAACACCACCAGCGCGUCCAGGCCCUGAAGGCGGAAAUCCAGUGUGAAGAGGCAGCGGGAAACCAAGAGGAGCGGAUGCUGCUGCUGGGUCGCCGCCUGGCACUGCACGAAGCUUGGCACCUCCACCGACUGGCCCAGGGCCACCAGGCCAAGCUCCAGGCUCAGAGGGAUCUGCUGCGGCAGAAGCUGGAGGCGCUAGGAGACAGAGACCCCCCUCCUGCCCCGGCCCUGCAGGACGACAGCCAGCCCCCUGCCUCCCCUCCAGAGGAUCCUGGUCGCGACGGGGGGCGUCUGCCGGCCUUGGAGGCCUUGAAGCACCACUUUGCAGGCAUCUUCCGCCCAAGGGUCUCGCUGCCGCCCCCAUUACCGAUGCUACCUGAGGAACAGAAACCCCUGGGCCAGCAGGCCUGGUACCACGGCGCCGUCCCCCGGGAGGAGGUCCAGAGCCUCUUGCGAGAGAGCGGGGACUUCCUGGUGCGAGAGAGCCAGGGCAAGCGGGAGUUCGUCCUCUCGGUGCUGUGGGACGGGCAGCCUCGGCACUUCAUCCUCCAGGCCACCGGUGACAACAUGUACCGCCUGGAAGGAGAAGCAUUUCCUAGCAUCCCUCUGAUGAUCAACCACUUCCUGAAGGCCAAGCAGCCCAUCACCAAGAAGAGCGGCAUUGUCCUGGGCAAGCCAAUUGUGAAGGACAAAUGGGUGCUUGAUCACGAGGAUGUCCUGCUUGGGGAACGCAUUGGGCAGGGCAACUUUGGGGAGGUGUUCAGUGGUCGAUUGCGUAACGACAACACUCCAGUGGCAGUGAAGUCCUGCCGUGAAACCCUUCCUCCAGAGCUCAGAGCCAAGUUCCUGCGGGAGGCCAGGAUCCUGAAGCAGUACAGCCACCCCAACAUUGUCAGCCUGAUUGGGGUCUGCACCCAGAAGCACCCCAUCUACAUUGUCAUGGAGCUUGUACAAGGGGGGGACUUCCUGACCUUCCUGCGGAACGAAGGGGCUGAGCUUACCUCCCGGGACCUUCUGAGGAUGAUGGAGGAUGCAGCUGCGGGGAUGGAGUACCUGGCAGGGAAGCAUUGCAUCCACCGAGACCUGGCAGCCAGGAAUUGCCUGGUGACGGAGAAGUAUGCCCUGAAGAUCAGCGACUUUGGGAUGUCUCGGGAGCAGGAGGACGGCGUCUAUGCCUCCACCGGCGGCAUGAAGCAGAUCCCAGUGAGGUGGACUGCACCAGAGGCACUCAGCUGUGGGCUGUAUUCCUCCCAAAGUGACGUCUGGAGCUUUGGGAUCCUGCUCUGGGAAGCCUUCAGCCUCGGGGCCACGCCGUACCCCAACAUGAGCAACCAGCAAACCCGGGAGGCUGUGGAGAAAGGGGUCCGGCUGAGUGCCCCUGAUCGCUGUCCGGAGGAAGUCUACCAGCUGAUGCUGCGGUGCUGGGAGUAUGAGCCACAGGACCGGCCCACCUUUACUAUCGUCCACAGGGAGCUGGUGGCCAUCCAGGCCCGGCAGCAGCGCCAUGGAGGGUGGUUGCGCCAGAAAAGACCCUAGGGGCGGAAGACCCUGCACUCUCCAACUUUGAGCAGUGAGACCGUCUCUACGCCUAUACCUUUGCUCUGGCUGAACCUCCCUCACAAUACGCAGCUGGGCCAGCACUGCAAGGAAGGUGAAGUGGAUCGGAAAUCGUCUCAGGAGCCAAGGAUGCAUUUCAUUUCUAAACUUCUAAAAACAUGGGAACCUUCAGAAUCACCCACAUUGAUCUGAAUAGGAUGGAGGCCUCUGGCAUCACAGUCUCCCCUCCAAGGACUGAGCUAUCAAAUAGUGAUCUACUAAAGUAGCAAUAUUUUUCUCUAUAUAUACACACACAUAUAUACACACACACACCAAAAUGGAUUGGGUGGCCGCAUUAUGGCAGACUACUGGGGGACUCGCUGCUGGUUAAGAGGACAGCCCAUUCGUCAGUGUCAGCCCAUUCUAAUCACUGAAGGCAAUUCUGAGGGCUCCUGGACUUCCUGGCCAUCUACAGGGAAGGGUCACAUAUGUGUAUAGAAUGAAUGAUUUGUGUGAAUGAGGCCUCUCAAUGUCUGAAAAUAUUUCUUAAUAAACUUUACAAGCAUUGUCUUGCAAACC